AUGGCAAGGAAGCCUCUGGAGUCGGUGGAUCUGAGCCAGAACCACUACGAUGUAUUAGAGGUCAAUGCUCGGACGGUCACGGCGGCUGAUAUGAAACGGAAUUUUAGAAGGCUCUGUUUGAAAUACCACCCUGAUAAGGGAGGCGAGCAGGCGACCGAUCAUUUCCAUCGUAUCAAGAUGGCCUACGACACAUUAUCUGAUCCUAGAAAGAAAGUGAAGUUUGACCAGGCUUAUUUCUAUGCAAGACAUUCUGCUCCUCGCAAUUUCAAACGAAUACCACCGAAAUCAUCAGAGCCCUCUCCAGUGGAACCUUCAUCGAAGCGGCCGAGAGUCGUCCCUACAGCAGGAGUGGCGACGGGCUCGUCCGGAGUUAACUCGCCUAGUGAGAGUGUAUCAGGAAGCGUAAGUCCUCCGUCCGAAGACAUCACAUUAGAUGGCGACUUGGAGGGUAUGAGUAUCACUAAGCUGAAGUGUAUAGCUAAGGCUAGAGGGAUCGAUAUUGCGACAUGCAUUGAGAAGAUUGAUAUCAUUACUGCUUUGAAGAAGGGAUUGGAGGCACCAGCCGCUACAAUUCAGGAGGUGAAGAAUGAUAAGGCCCCAGGAGCUACGGAGCAGCCGAAGUCACCAACGAAGACGGCGAGUCGAGUUGGACCAACACUCCCUGAGAAUGGUAAUAAGGGCGACCCUGACUGA